CAUGGUGGACAAAGUCUCGUGUCUCUUGAUUAAAUUUCGGUUGAAGUAACUUUACUCGACAAAAAUGACUCGUUUUGCUCGUCCUGCCAAGAAGACAAGUCUUGAAGCAACACCCUGGCACGAGCUUGUUAACUCAGGUGGUAACCAAAGCUCAACUACAGCAAGCAAAGACAGUUUUAAAACGGCUGAGAAGAAAGUUGAAAUCGCUGCCCUUAAACGAAAGAAGAAAUUCAAUCGUGAUGAUGGUGCCACUGAGCCGAAGAUUGCAAAGAAGCCAAAAAGUAAAAAGCUUUCAUUUGCAGGAGAUAAUGACUACAGCACUGGAUCUAAGAUUUCAAAGUCAGAAAGCUGGAAAGCUCAAAGUGGAGGAGUUGGCGAUAAAGGAAACGAAAACUCUAGUUUUAGCAAGAAAGGCACAAAGAUUAGAGUGAAAAGACCAGGAGUGAUAUCAGAAAGAGACUUCAGUGGAAAAAUGAGAAACAAGAAAUUUCAGAAGAAAGGUUAUUUACAGACAGGCAUUAAAAAGCUGAAUAGAAAAAUAUUCACUGAUGGAAGUAGGAAGGAAAGUUAUGAUAAAAAGCUCGAAGCAAGAAGGAAACGAAGAGCAAAAGGAAAGACAUGUUUUCAUUGCCGUCAAACUGGUCACCUGGUUGCAGAAUGCCCGAUGGCACAGAGCUCUGAAGUUGGUGUUGGAAAUUGUUACAAAUGUGGAUCCUCACAGCACACUACUAAGAAUUGCAAGAGCAAACAAAACAAUUCAGACCUUCCUUUUGCAAAGUGUUUUAUCUGUGGGGAAACAGGUCAUAUAGCAAGAGCAUGCCCUGACAACCCUAAAGGACUCUAUCCUAAUGGUGGAGGAUGUAAGAUUUGUGGAUCAGUGGAACAUUUUCGAAGGGACUGCCCUGAACUAGCUAGAAACAAAUCAAACACAGUGACCACUACACAUGCUGGAUACAUAAACAAUAAAAAGGGACAUUACAGUGCAGAUGCUGAGUUAGAGGACCCAGGAGGUACCUCCAUCAGAGUACCAAAGAAAAAAGGGACUGAAGUUGUCAAGUUUUAAAAACGCAACUGAACUUCUGAUUAACCCUUUACACCCUACUAUCAGUAUCCAUAUUCUCCAUACUUUUCUCCAUACAUUCUUGAAGUGCAGACAAGGAGAAUUUAUGUAACAAUCAAGAGCUUCUUAAGUUGGUGAUCAUUUCCUUUAUUCUUGCAACUUUAAUAAGUGAUUUUGGGGUGAAUCUGUGAGGAGUAUUUAGAUGCUGCUCACUUGUUUCUCCUUUUUAAUAAAGUUUUUGUCUUUGUGAUAAAAUGAAGCAGUCCUCUAUCAGUGGAUAGGAAGUUCAUCCAAUAUAAAAAUGUUCUUUUUAAAAAGGCAUUGAUACGCUAAAACAGUAAGUCCAUUUUCACGUGGGAAAAGUAGUAAAAAAUAAAGAAAUUGUCACAAUUUUACCAAACUUAAUCGUAUGCCUAUUUUCUUUUUAUAUAAAUGUCAUUUUGGUUGUUUAGUGAGUUUUGACCCAAAAGAGGAUGUUAUCCUUUACUAGUUGUUACCGAAGGUUACUGAAUGAUAAUUACUGUAGAUCAGAUUACCGGUUUUCGCGGUUUUUUACGAAUUCCGGAUGAGUCAGGGAAGUUGGAGAUCACGCCCUUUUCAAGGUUGGCAUGUUAUUUUGAAAAUAAGGGUCUUGGUUUUCGGGUCUUUGUUCAUAAAACCAGGUUUUAAUGCAUGCUUUAUCAUUAUUAAAAAGAUUUAAAACUGGAGCUAGAUAUUUUUGGCGAAAAAAAAAUCAUGAUAAAUUAAGAAAAUAGUGGGGUCUUUGUUUUUGGGUCUUUAUUUUCAGGUCUUUGUUUUCGUUACAGGCGAAGGAAAAAACAAAAAAAUGUGACUGGGUGUCAUAAAGUGCACAAAAUAACAAAACUUCCUAACGAAUCUUAGUCUGAAAAUCUCAAACGGAGUGAAGUGAAAUACCGAUGCACUCCAGACAAAUGAUUUUUUACUUCUUACUCGUUUUAAUAAACCUUUUUCUCUAAAUUACUCUCGACCGCUUGUUAGUUGAUUUUCCUGGGGCUUUCCUACGAAUAAAACGUCGAGGCCAGUUUAUUGAAAGCCAACUGACAGGUGAUUCAGUGAGAAGCCAUUUAAAAUGGCCCUAAGAAGCAAACAAAAAAAGAAAAAACAAAACACUGCACUGACAUUUUAUUUCACUUUCUUGAGAUUUGAAGACUAAGAUGUUGGUAUCCCAAAGCACUCUAUGCAUGUAUAUGCAGAGAAAAAUGUAGAUUUUAAAGACGGAGCGUCGUUACUCGAGUUUUACGCACAAGCGAAUAACAGACUGCUGGUUUACCAUACCAGCAGAAUGCGGCGCUUAAAUUUCCAAUCUAAAAAUUCAUUAACGAUGGGAGUUGUGUUUUUCACUGGCAGACCUCACCAUAACCCUCAUGAUAGAUUUGUUCCCAUGCGAAAUUUGCUGACCAGUUCAGAUCUCUAGUUCAGUAAGUCGCGGGCUCUUAAGAUGCAUAGCGUCUCUGAUAGGCGUAAGUUCGAAUGAGUUGUAGCGGAAUGGGGAUCCUUCAGAGUCGUUUGCCAUCUUGAUGUUGCGCCACUUAAGAUCACAUCCUGUGUUUGAGUCCUUUAACUCUCCUUUGAUUGUUUUCGGUUGCUGAAAGAGAGUUUGUGGUGUCUGUGGUUUUUGAAACUUUGUUUUAGAUUCUCUCUCUGUCAAGUCGAUGUAGAUGCUCGUGUUACCAGAUGUUGUUGUGACAGCGGCCUCAGGGAUGGUAUCAUUUGUCAGAUAUUCAUCAUUGACCAGAACAAGAAGAUUAACCGUCCAAGGGUGCUGAGGGUAACUUAACAAUAAUUGCCAUACUGAUAGAUCAUAUUAUACGCAACGACUAUAAGAUUCCAGUUCCAAUUUCAUUGCUCGCUGGCUUAAAAGUCCAAAAGGAAUCAGCAAAACUAGUUUGGAAUGUGCCGAUGACACGAUAUUUUUUUCGCGUAAAUAUUUAGCUUAUCAUAUGUACAAACCUAUUCCGAUAGAAAAAAAAAUUAAAAAAACUUGAUGAAACGA